ACAAAGGGACGUGAACCACCUCGUUAAAACAAGUUACAAGCUGCUGUUUAGUAUUUUCGAGGACUUGCUGAAAAAUGUUUAAACUCGUCCUAGCCUUGUCUUUUGCUGCCAUAUUUUGCGGUGAGUUUAUAUGUUUAAAUGUUAGAAAUUUGUUGCGUGUUGAUUUACGACAGAUUAUGGGGCGAAAGUGUUCUGUCAUUUGUUUUAAAAGCAAACAUGUUCUAAGUUAAAUGUGUUUUAGCUCAAAUAUUUAAAUAUGUUUUGAUUCAAUUAUGUUUUAAGUUAAAUAUGUUUUAAAUUCAUAUGUUUUAAGUUGAAUAUGUUUUAUGUCAAAUUUUUAAAUAUGCUUUAAGUCAAAUAUGUUUUAGGUUAAUAUGUUUUAGGUCAAAUAUGUUUGAAGUCAAUUAUGUUUGAAGUCAAUUGUGUUUGAAGUCAAAUCAGUUUAAAGUCAAUUAUAUUUGAAGUCAACUAUGUUUGUAGUCAAUUAUGUCUGGCUAAAAUUUGGAGUGAAUACAAAUAUAUUUAUAGAUUGAACAAAACUGACAGUGGCGUAUCUUGAUUAAAUGCCAACCCGGGCGGAAUCCUAAAAGGGAGCUCUUUAACACAAAUGUUAUAAUGUGUUAUAAACUCAAAAGAGUGCGCUGCAGUAUAUAAAUAUUUUCUUUAAUAUAACAGUGGUAAUCUCUAAUAAUCCAAAAUUCUUACCAUGUAACUUGGAGCGUUCGUGUCCACUAGGACAUAAUUCAAUAAUGGGAUCAAUUGUUUUGCAUUCGUUUGAGGAUAUUCAAAGGGUCCAGUAAUAGAUUAAUGAUGCUGAAUUUCCCAGGUCUGAAUUUGAGUGUUUGUUUUAUUUGAUAGAAUGCAGCCUGAUCAGGAAAGACCUACUCGCCAAACGAAGUGAUUCCUGUAGUGAGCUGAUGGCUUGUUCAUUCCCUCUGUCGGAAGUGGAGUCGGGAGAUGCAGGGGCAUUAAAUGAACUUUCUGAUGAGGCGGCCUACGCCCUUUUCUGUCAGUGAGUGAAGAGUUGUUUACGAAAUUCUUCUGUUAGGGAGUUAAGAGACGAUUAUAACAAAGUCUUUUUGCCACUGAGUUAAGGAACGAUUACAAAAAGUCUUUUCUGACGUUGAGUUAGGGAAUGAUUAUAACAAGUUUUCAGUCAGUUAAGAGGCUAUUAUAAAAGUCUUCUGUCACUUAGUAAAUGUUAGUUGAAAGACCGUACUCUUCAUUGAGAAGUUAGAGAUUUUGGAAUGCGUUUCCUCAAAGUAAAAAAAAAAAAUUUGUUAUCAGAAAAGUCGCGUUCUGAACAUCAAAGUUGGCUUUCAGCAACCGAUUUGUUCAGUACAGUUUUAAGUUAGCUUUCAGCAACCGAUUUGUUCAGUACAGUUUUAAGUUAGCUUUCAGCAACCGAUUUGUUCAGUACAGUUUUAAGUUAGCUUUCAACAACCGAUUUGUUCAGUACAGUUUUAAGUUAGCUUUCAACAACCGAUUUGUUCAGUACAGUUUUAAGUUAGCUUUCAACAACCGAUUUGUUCAGUACAGUUUUAAGUUAGCUUUCAACAACCGAUUUGUUCAGUACAGUUUUAAGUUAGCUUUCAACAACCGAUUUGUUCAGUACAGUUUUAAGUUAGCUUUCAACAACCGAUUUGUUCAGUACAGUUUUAAGUUAGCUUUCAACAACCGAUUUGUUCAGUACAGUUUUAAGUUAGCUUUCAGCAACCGAUUUGUUCAGUACAGUUUUAAGUUAGCUUUCAAUUAGCUUUCAACAACCGAUUUGUUCAGUACAGUUUUAAGUUAGCUUUCAGCAACCGAUUUGUUCAGUACAGUUUUAAGUUAGCUUUCAGCAACCGAUUUGUUCAGUACAGUUUUAAGUUAGCUUUCAGCAACCGAUUUGUUCAGUACAGUUUUAAGUUAGCUUUCAACAACCGAUUUGUUCAGUACAGUUUUAAGUUAGCUUUCAACAACCGAUUUGUUCAGUACAGUUUUAAGUUAGCUUUCAACAACCGAUUUGUUCAGUACAGUUUUAAGUUAGCUUUCAGCAACCGAUUUGUUCAGUACAGUUUUAAGUUAGCUUUCAACAACCGAUUUGUUCAGUACAGUUUUAAGUUAGCUUUCAGCAACCGAUUUGUUCAGUACAGUUUUAAGUUAGCUUUCAACAACCGAUUUGUUCAGUACAGUUUUUAAGUUAGCUUUCAGCAACCGAUUUGUUCAGUACAGUUUUUAAAAUGUCGUUUUAUUUGGGAAUGAAACUACUGUUGAUAGGUUUACAUCACCAAGAGUUUGAAAAGCUUAAUAUUAUGAACCAUUCAGUAGUAUGUUAUUGGUGAACGUCCAAUGGACACAGAAUGUAUUCUGAUGUGGACAAACCUACGAGGCAUAUAAUUUUUAUCCAAAAAAAAAAUAAUAAAAUUAGAAACCUCAGUUUCAUAUCAAUACUUUAGAUCAAUUAUAAAUUAUUAUUUUUUUUACUGCAUAUUGAUAUUCUAAGGUCCCACCCGGUUUCAUAUGUUUACACCGCAAAUAGUCUAAAAAACUAUUUCAGAAAAUAAAAGAAAAAAUCACCCACCAAACACUCUUGCGAUAUUUUCUUUGUUUUCAAGAACCUCAUUUAGCGAAGUUAUCGGUAAAUUUAUUUAACGAAAUCAGUGGCAUCAUAUUUUCUUUAUUCUUCCCUUGAAAAAACAUGAAAAAAAAAAGGAUUUGGCGUGUGUGUGUGGGGGGGGGGUGGUUUGAGGUUGGGGGGGUUGGAGCUGAAAAUUUGAUAUAAUUUUGUUUCAUCGUCAACGAGACAAUGUGAAAAAGUGUCAACUGGAUAGGUUGACCGGAACUGGAUCAAUUAGCCGUCCGAAGUAUUUGCCAUAAGUAUUUGCCAUCCAGCCAGCAACGCACAAACGCGAAGUCAAUUUAAUGUUUAAAUAAACAAACAAACAACCUUUUAAAUGAUAAUAAAAGUUAAAUUCAAACGUGAAUUUAAAGUUAAAGUACAAGGUGUAUAAAAAAAUCAUAUUCUAUGAUGACGUCAUUAUGUUAAUCAAGAAGUACACGAUUUAUGGAACUCUCACUCUCUUUCUCUCUCUCUCUCUUUCUCUGUCUCUCUUUCUCUCUCUGUCUCUGUCUCUCUCUCUCGGUCUCCCUCUCUCUCUGUCUAUCUCUCUCUUUGUAUCUCUCUCUCUCUCUUUGUCUCUCUCUCUCUCUCAGAUGUUUUAAGAUAAAAUACUACAAGAGUAAAGGUGCUUGCAGGGUAAUAUUAAGUGUCACACCAUACGACCAGUCGUAAGAUUAAGUAGCUUGAAUGGCUUGUAGACUACAUCAACACUCCGAAAUGAUAAGUCAGGCUGACGAAAACAAAAUAUACCAUUGGGAUAAUCACCUCCGAAGACACAGGGAAAAGGACAUAGGGAUUGAGAGGAACGGCAAUUAGUUCAAUAUCUUUGGGAGUAUUAGAUCAGAACAGAGAUCCAUACAAAAAAUUUUUGAACAAAAUACACGCUAGUAAAAGCAAUUAAACAAGGAAGAAGAUUAUGUAACCAGGUAAGAAUCUAUAAGAAAAAUGGCCGCAUCUGUUGAAUGUAGAAAUAUAAUUAAGUUUCAUUAUUUUUUUUUGUUUUGCUUUGUAACUCAAACAGUCAUACACAAUAUUUUAAAUAAAAUUUACAAUUUUUAGUAAUGAAUCAUCAUCAGUGGCGCUACAGCCCAUGUGGGGCAGUGGCCGGCUCCAGCACAUAAUUCCUGUCGCUCCCAGAAACAGCCAGACAAUGAAGUCUUUCAAAACCGAUUUGAAAACAUAUCUAUUCCGCAAACACCUGUUGGGGUGAUGUUGUCAACCGUCUUUUCCAGCUAGCUAUUAUCUCCUAGAUGUAAAGUGGCCUGUGUUGUUUAUGGUUACAAGGGAUAAAAGACUUAGAAUGGGUUUUCUCGUAUGUAGUUUUUGUAAUGUUGCGUUUUGUAUUUCAAUUUGGUAAAAUAUAGAUUUUUUUAUAUCUUUUUUAAAAAUAUGGAUGGCUUUGUACCGCGUUUCGAUUUUCAAAUAAGCUUUAAUAUUAUUAUUAUUAUACUUCUACCCAGGCACCAUCAUCAGUGGGACUACAACCCAAGUAGGGCCCUGGCCGAUUCCACCACAUCCUUCCAUUGAGAUAUGAUAAUCAUCAGUGGCCCUACAGCUCAUUUACGGCUCUGGCCUACUCCACCACAUCCUUCCAUUCACUCAUCAUCAUUGGCACAAAAGCCCCUUUAGGGCUCUGGCCCUCUCCACCACAUCCUUCCAUUCAGUCAUCAUCAUCAUUGGCACAACAGCGCCUUUAAGGCUCUGGCCUACUCCACCACAUCCUUCUAUUCAGUCAUCAUCAUCAUUGGAACAAAAGCCCAUGUAGGGCUCUGGCCCUCUCCACCACAUCCUUCCAUUCAGUCAUCAUCAUCAUUGGCAAAAAAGCCCAUGUAGGGCUCUGGCCUUCUCCACCACAUCCUUCUAUUCAGUCAUCAUCAUCAUUGGCAAAAAAGCCCAUGUAGGGCUCUGGCCUUCUCCACCACAUCCUUCUAUUCAGUCAUCAUCAUCAUUGGCAAAAAAGCCCAUGUAGGGCUCUGGCCCUCUCCACCACAUCCUUCCAUUCAGUCAUCAUCAUCAUUGGCACAACAGCGCCUUUAAGGCUCUGGCCUACUCAACCACAUCCUUCUAUUCAGUCAUCAUCAUCAUUGGCACAAAAGCCCAUGUAGGGCUCUGGCCCUCUCCACCACAUCCUCCCAUUCAGUCAUCAUCAUCAUUGGCACAAAAGCCCAUGUAGGGCUCUGGUCCUCUCCACCACAUCCUUCCAUUCAGUCAUCAUCAUCAUUGGCACAAAAGCCCAUGUAGGGCUCUGGCCUUCUCCACCACAUCCUUCUAUUCAGUCAUCAUCAUCAUUGGCACAAAAACCCAUGUAGGGCUCUGGCCUUCUCCACCACAUCCUCCCUUUCGGAUUGAUCCAUGGCUUUCCGCCUCCAUUUAUUGUAACACAGAUACAUAUUUUCUUCUUUACAGACAGGUCAAGACAUUCAAAACAUGUUUUGAUGACACCAAGUCCCAGUGUGACCAAGACGGCGUGCUUAAGGCCAUAGAGGGACAGAUUGCAGUAGCAGAUAACAUCUGUACACCUGAAGGCAAAGAGGGUAGGUUUAAUACAUUACUUUUUUUAAAUAGAUGUCUUUGUUAUCAAUGUCCUUUCUUCUUUCAUUAAUGAAAGAUAUAAACAUUAAAUUAUAAUAAUGAUUGAAGACAAAAAUCGGUUACAAUGGUAAGUGCAAAAUUUUAUUUUGUACAACUUAAAACCAUUAAAAAUUGAAUGUGGAAACAGAAUAAAUUAAUUUUUUUUUUAUAUUAAGCCUACAUCUGGUUAAAAACAAUCCACAGCAAGCUUCGCGUUAGCUAAGUCCGACUGUGCUACUGAUGAUGUCAAGAGACUGGAAGCUCAGGAGCUCAUGGACGCAUGCUCACUGAGCUUUCAGUUUGAGCUCGAGGUUGCCGUCAUUACCGCAAUGAGCAACGGACAAGGUUUGGAAUCGUUCGAUUUCUGCCCGUAAGUUUAGACUUUUAACAAAUUAAAUAUCAUCAGAUCUUUUGUUUUGUCAAAUCAAAUCGUCAAGUGAUUUUUAUUUCAUCGUAUUAUUCUCUACGUUAUCAAGGAAAUAACGCGCACAUGAGAGGAGAAACACACGAAACAAACGAAAAAAAAAAUGAAUGUAUCGGCAAAAAGCCUUCUUAAGCUACCAAAAUAACGGUGAACUACAAAAUAAAAUUUAAAAAAUAAAUAAAAUAACCUGUGUGAUGAUGUAGAAUGUUUGAGAAAAUAUAUGUGAUGUUUAUUACCGCUUACGUAACCUGAUCGCAUACAAACAUACAUUUUUUACUCUAAGAAUUUAAGGAACAAUUUAAGAAAGUAAUCUUAAAGGGCAACUAAAGUCUUUCAUUCAAAUGAUACCCAGUUUUUUUUUAAAGUCUCUCAUAAUAACUACUAUAAUAAGAUGCUCCAUAAUCUCUCAUGCUUACUUCUAGAAUAUAGCGUUACAUAAGGAAGCAAACAUUUUUUUUAAAGGGGGACACAAUAAAAAUUUCAUAUUUUUAAAAUGCAAGGCUGUUUCUACGUUUGUCUCGCAUUGUGUUAGUUCCAGACAUACUGACGACAGGAAUUAUUUUAUUUCAGUUUCACGUUGUGAGAUGCAUUCAAAAUUUAAAAUACGAUCUUACAAAUUUAUUGAAAUUUCUUUAUAUAACUAUCAACAUCAUCGUCUGUAGCUACCUGGACCAGCUCAACAACUGCGUCGUCACUGGGGCCACCGACAAGUGUGGCGACGAGUUCGGUAGUUUCUUAAGCCAGGUUUGGCAGACUGCAGCCCAGCCCAGCUUUGAACAGUUCGGGUGUGAAUUUCAAUCUCGACAUGCUCGUGAGUAGACCAACGUCUGCUUUUUUUGUUUUAUUUAAUCAAUAUUUGAGUGCACGUCAUUAAAACUUUCAAAUUGAAAAUUAUGAAUAUUAUUAUUUCAGUCCCUUUGUUCAGUUAGAUUAUUUCCUCCAAUAAGUUAGAAUUUAACCAUCCUACUGCUUCUUACGUGUACAACUAAAUUUACACUUAACAUAUUCAAUGUAAUAAAAAUAAAUUUUCUUCUCUAAAAAUAAAUUAUUUACAAAUGUCUAAUGAGAUUACAUUUUGUUUAAAAAAAGCCCAAUUUUUUCCCCUUGCCUAUAGGGCUGACAUGAAAUGUCUGAUCUAAAAUUGUUCCAUCUACUAUUCAAAUCAGCUGGCAUAUACAUUAUAAAAAUGUUGUACCUUCUGACAGGUCGAUUCGUGAAAGCCAUCUCCGCAUUCUUGGGUGGAUACAAAAGUCUGAAGCGUUAAGCAGAUCGUGAGUGACAACAACAGCGGCAAGAUUGCAAUACCCCCUUUUAAAACAAAACACAAAAUUUGGAGUAUAUGAAAGUCAAAAAUGAGUGGUGCAAUUUGUGAUAUCCCUUUCUAUAUUAAAAUAUUUCUGACAAAAUACCUUUGAAACUGUUUGAUUUAAGGUGGUAUCUUAGACUUCAAAUAAAAAUUAAUAUAAAGCAUUGUGUGUGUGUGUGUCAUUUGUUUCUGAUUUUUAAGUCUAAUAAAAAUUUUUUUCGCAAGUUAAAUA